UUCCAACGUCGUCGCUAAUCACAAUCAGGGAGAUGUAAUGACGAACGUGGGGCCAAGGAAGCUUCCAUCACGAUGUAACCGACGCAUACUCAUCGUUUAUUCUAUUCCUUUUAUAUCUAAAAAAAAAGAAUAAGAGUCGUAUAAACAUUUGUAUAAUAGUUUGACGUCUCUAGCUUACGUGAAAGAGAAGACUUGUUCAAAGAGAGAAAGAAGAGAUCAUGGAUCAUCAACAACAACAACUCUUCUCUCUCUGCUCAGUUCCAUACGUUUUCAACAUCAAGAAACAUUUCUUCGUCAGCCUCUUUUCACUUAGCCUCCUCAUAUUCUCGACUCUCGUCAUCUUCAACCUUGUCGGCUCCUCCUCCUCCUUGGAGCCUCUUCUCCGUUUCGGAUUGUUGUCGCCCUCAUCGCAAAACUCAACAAAGGAUUGUGAUUACUCCAAAGGAAGAUGGGUUCGUAGAACAUCAUCAUCAUCAUCAUUGAUAUACGGAGAAGAGUGUCGCUUUCUUGAUUCAGGUUUUCGUUGUCGCAAGAACGGAAGAAAAGAUUCUGAUUAUCUAAACUGGCGAUGGCAACCACACGGCUGCGAUCUCCCACGGUUUAACGCAAGUGACUUUCUGGAGAGGAGUAGGAACGGGAGGAUAGUGUUCGUGGGAGAUUCCAUUGGAAGAAACCAAUGGGAAUCACUCAUGUGCAUGCUCUCACAAGCAGUACCUAACAAGUCAGAGAUCUACGAAGUGUAUGGGAGCCCCAUAACCAAACACAAAGGUUUUCUCUCCAUGCGGUUCCCUCAGCAAAACCUCACAGUUGAGUACCACAGAACACCGUUCCUUGUCGUCAUUGGCCGGCCACCUGAACACUCACCGCAAGAGAUCAAAACCACAGUGAGAGUCGACGAGUUUAACUGGCAAUCAAAAAGAUGGGUUGACUCAGAUGUUCUUGUCUUCAACUCAGGGCACUGGUGGAACGAGGAGAAGACCGUGUUAGCAGGAACAUACUUUGAAGAGGGAAGGAAAGUGAACAAGACAAUGGGAGCAAUGGAGGCGUUUGAGAAGUCUCUAAAGACAUGGAAGUCAUGGGUUUUGGAGAGACUUGAUCCUGACAAGAGUUAUGUCUUCUUCAGAAGCUACUCUCCAGUGCACUACAGAAACGGGACAUGGAACCUGGGAGGUCUGUGUGAUGCAGAGACUGGUCCUGAGACUGAUAAACGGAGAAUGGAACCUGAUGCAGCUCACAAUCGAUAUAUCUAUGAAGCAAUUGAAGAGAUGAAGUAUCAACACAGUAAGGUUAAGUUUCUCAACAUUACAUAUCUGACAGAGUUUAGGAAAGACGGCCAUCCUUCUCGGUAUAGAGAGGGUGGUACUCCUGUUGAUGCUCCUCAAGACUGCAGCCACUGGUGCUUACCAGGGGUACCUGACACGUGGAAUGAGAUUUUCUAUGCGCAGCUCUUGUCAAUGAAUUAUAGAACAAAGUGAGGUUCAACCUUCAGGAUCAAGAGAUGGAUCAAAAGCAAGUACAAAGAGAAGGCAUUACCAAGCAUAGGCUAGUUUAGUUCAUAAACUCAGACAUACUGCCAAUGAUAGUUGUAAACGUUAACGAUGGAGAGAUUCAUAUAGACAUGAUUUUGUACAAAGCAACCAUCAACACAUCAGUAUAGAAGUUCUGAAACUGAAACUGAAAC